ACAACCAGUUAAUUUUCACUAUAAAGUAACUUGAAUGAUGAAGUGUCAAAAUUAUUUAAAAUGUUACCCUGUAAAGGAUUAAUUCUACAAAUCAAGCGUUUGGAAUAUUCGGGAUUUUUACCUACAAAUAAAACUCGACAAAAUCCCUCCAAAGAAUUGCAAUCGGAAAAACGUCGAAUUAUUAUUGCUCUAGUUUUUAUAUUUACAAAUGGACUUUUGACAGCCUCUACCAUAAUAUGUGCUAUAAAACCUAUCACUUAUGAAUCAUAUGGAAACAACUACACUAGUUUUGCAUUCGAUUACCUAAUUUUCCUUUCAACUGGAUUAGUCCAUAUUGCGAUAAAUAUGUUUUUGUUUUUUAAUAAAAACUUCAAUCUGACUAUUGUUGAAAAAGUUUUAUGUUGGAAAAGAAAAUAUCCUCUGAAACACAAAGUGAAUGAUUCAACUGUGAAUUUGUUUUUGCUUAAUAUAGUCAUCUUAAUUAUUUGUUAUUCAAACAUCAUCGUAUUGGUUUGGUACACGGAUGAUGACGUUUCCGCAAUAUCGAUAUCAUCGAGAUGUGUCGUUUAUGUGGCGGAAGUAUAUUACGAUGGAUUGAUUUCUACGUUUUAUCGGUCGCUUGUUUGUGUUAUCGAAGAUAUAUUCACUUCCAUGAAUGAACGAAUUGAAUUCAUUUUGAAUUCAAAUAAUGAAUUAUUUGAUAUAGUUGUUAUUCGGGAAAUUCUUCAAGAUCGACAAGAAAUAGUUCGUUUGUGUGAGAAAGAUUUAAGUGGUUUUUAUGGCGUUCCUAUAAUUUUAUUAGCGAUACCAACAUUAUUGCAUGCAGCAAAUGAACCAUUUUAUAUAAUGACAGCUUGGGAUAAGUCAAAUUAUAGUUUAGAUAGAUCUUUUGUAGUUUUAGUAAAUGCAUGCAUAAUUUGGGGAAUACCCUGGUAUGUUUGUUUUGUAAUGCUGUAUAACCAAAAUGCUGAAGAAGAGGCUAACAAAACAGCAAGAAUUUUAUCCAGAAUAUCGAGGCGUGGAAAUGGAAUGGAAAAAAUGGUUGACAAAUUUUUGAUUAAAAAUAUGCAGCAGAAACCGAUCUUAACAGCUUAUGGAUUUUUCCCUCUUAACAAACGGACACUUUUUAAGAUAUUUGCUGCAAUAUUCACGUACAUGGUGAUUUUAAUUCAAUUUAAGGAUAUGGAAAAUACUAGCAAACUUCUAGCAGAAACAAAAACAUCAACUGAAGUUUCUUAAUUUUAAUGGGUUUCAUUGUUAAAAAACAGAAAUUUGUUUUUAUUUUUAAGUUUUUAUGAAUUUAGGGCUCUAAUUUAAAACUUCAUACGUUUGCACAAUAUUGAACCCGAUGUCAAAAUUCUGAAAAAAAGCUGACUUUUUUGACGUGUGGUUAUCAUUUUUUGGAGUUGGUCUUUUUGACAUGUGUCACUUUAUAUUUUUAUGCUGAAUUUAAUUUUCGCGUUUUACGUUUUCAAAUCGUGCAAAUAAUGGUCGGGUUUAAUUAAUUGACGGCAAUGUUUGGUGAGCGCAUUUUUAACGCGUUUGUGGUGAACUAAAAGAUGAACAAUGGCUGAAUCACAAACACGCUUAAGCUUCGGCUUCACCUGACGUUUACGAGUUCAGCCAUAUUAAUUCAAUGCUUGCUAUCAUAAUGGAGCUUCGGUCUCACGUUCCGUUUGACAAUCGUAAGGAAAAGAACGUAAUGUGACUCCAAACGGAAGUUCUAGUUCAAUUAUCUGAACAUUUGCUUUGUCUGAGAGCUCAACAGCUGUAAAAAAUGUCAACAAAUAAAAUAUUUGCUCUUUGGAGGAAUGAAAUAAUAGAAAUGUCAUUCAAAGCAACCUCAAACAGUCCCACCGUAACGCAGACGAAGUCGAAGCUGAAGCGUGUUUGUGAUUCAGCAAUAAGUUCUAGAUAA